CAAACAUUAGGGCUUCAGACAUGACAUCAUUCAUUUGGGAAAGCACCAGUAAACUUCACACUCUGGGCUUUGGCUGUCCUAACAGAGAUGCCUGAAUGAGAGAUGUCAGCGAUGGAUGAAUCCGAGCCUUUCUCAUUGUUCGGGCAUCGCUUCUUCCUUCGGCAUACUCCUCACCUAAUGGCCGCAAAUCAAGCUGCUUCAUGCACGAACAUUCGUCAACAUAUUACUAUCCAAAAAAAUUAAAAUAGAAGCAUAGAUUCUUGCUACUUUUCAAAAUGAAAAUCCUCAAGACCACAUGAAAACAAAUGCAAUGAACCCAACCGCCUGUAGAUACUACAUUUCCAACAUGUCUACAGUGAUGCUGAAGAGAGAUCAGGAUCAUUUGUUUUCAAAAGUCUACAGUGAUGCUGAAGACAUACGACGUUUUUUCACUGAAAGAGUAAAACAUAUGUUUCGCCUGUAUUUCCUUCGGCUAACAACUGCAACUUUGAUUCUUCUUCUCCAAGCUUUGGUUUUUCGCACUCAACUUGUCACUUCUCCCAUUGAGUUGGCAGCAGCUGGAAAUUAUUCUCUUCUUUGUUCCCCAAAAGCUCUGCAGCUGCACCAGAGUUGGCUCACCUCAACAGCAGAUUCGGUUUCAGCUACUCCAUUCCACGGAGAGGCUGUGGUCUCCUGUGUAAGGCGCGUGCUUGUUCCCUCACUAACUUGGCUGUUCCAGUACCUUGCUGAGUCCACCUCAAGCUUCAGCUCCCCAUUUCGAUCUAUGGGAGGUAACGUGAAAUUAUUUUGGACUGUUGCCGUACGUUUUAGGGCUACAUUUCGAUUAUUCAAAUGACUUUCUUUCAAAAUUUCUAGUACUUAGGAGAUCGAUUUGCACAAACAUGAUAUGGUCCUCUGGAACGAAACGUGACUUGUCAAUUUAAAUUCAUGUUUAAUAUGCUUAAUGGUCAUCAGCAGGAUUGUAUAAUAACAAUUUCACAAAACACCAGUCGGACCUUCUGUUCUUGGUGCAGAGGUUGGUUCUUCGAUGUCUGGGUUUGGAAGUUAGUUAAUAUUGUAUGUUGCUCGUUUCUUUUUAGUAGUCAGGCAUGUGGAAGAGUACUUUUUCUUCUGUUGCAGAAGCCAAAUGAAAUUUCUCUACAUAGUUUUGCUUUCUCAUGUGUCUGCUAGCCAGCAAUUCUGAGUGUUGCAGGAAUUUGGAAGAAUUUUGGACGCUGAAGUUGUCCAGACAGGUGGUGACUGUUGUUAUUAAUCCCCUCGUCAUUAAUUCUCCCAGAUUGUGAUUUUUCUAUUGAAAAUCCUUAGGGCAGCUCCAGAUUUAGGUGAUCAUUUGUACAAGCCUUGUGCAACUACAUGCCCCCUGUGACUCGGCGUGCUUGGAAGGCUUUUCAAAGAAGUAGGGAUUAAGCACUUGUUCUUCGAAGUCGGCGCAAGGAGAAAACGAUUUGCAACUAUGCCUCACUAACUACUUCAGGGAAAAAAAGAUGAGUCGACGCGAGUGAAGUACUCGGAACAUAACACUUUCACCCCAGAACAUGAAAUUGCAUUUGCCCAACAUCUUGUCAAUAUGCAUAGGAAUGGAGAAAUAUCGUCUCAUAACAUCGGGAGUCGUGUCAUCCCGAGAUUACUAGGAUGCUUAAUGAAACUUUUGGCACUUCAUUCCCCCGCAACACUAUUCAGUCGAAAUACUAUGCCCUUCAGAACUUGACCAGGCUGUAUAUUUCAUUUAAGAGACGAGGCACUGGUAUGGGUUGGGACUCUACCAACUAUACUUUUAUGAUGGACGAUGACCGGUGGAGGCAUCUACUUCAGGUGAACAAGGGCUAUGGAAGAUUUUAUGACAGAUCAUGUCUUGUCUUCUAUUUGCUUGAAGAAGUGUUCAUGAAUCAGGGAGCUACUGGGGACCUUAGCGCUGAACAUGGACUAUCACCCCCCAACUCGGAAGACGAGUUGGAAAUGGAAAAUGCUGCUAGACGUGGUAGAGGAAAGACUGCUGUAGACGUCAGUUCAUCAGAUGAAGAAGUUGAAGUGCCGACGACUCGGAAAGGGAAAGGAAAGGUGAAGAAAGGCAAAAGAAAGCGCAAAUCGGGCGAUAUGUCGACCGAUUCAUUCUUCUCUGGUUCAUCCCCCCAAUUCCAGCAGUACUUCCGUGUUCUAGACAGUCUUGAGACCCAUUUGAGUUGCAAAAAUAGCAGUAGCAUGAGUGGUUCAGUCUCUUCACCAUCGAAGACUGCACAUCCUCCUUUCGAUGCUUAUGCCGAGUUAAAAGCUGCCUUGGCCAAGCUCUGCGCUCUAAACCUGGACAUUAAUGCGCGCCUGAGGGUUGCUGAUGCAUUAAAGGACCCUUCAGAGCGGGCCAUUUGGUUCACCUGCAAGACAGAUAUUGAUCGUCUUGCGUUUGUGAGACACCGGGGGUUCCUAUCCCCAGUAUAGACGCUCACGGUAUUCGUUUUACCUUAUCAGCUCGCAUCUUAUUUGUGUUUAUGUCCCCUAGUAGACAUUUGAGUGUUACCUUGGCAUUUUUUUUUUGUCAAAAAAAGGACCUGGUCCCACUUCAAGCCCCAACCCUUAUUCGGGUUGUUAGAUUAUUCCCCAUUUUUGUGACAAGGCUCGAACACUGGAUCUCGGGUGUACUAACCCUUAGUGAGACCAGCUCGACUGCCUUGGAAGGGCAAGUGUUUCCUUGGCAUUUAAUUAGUAUGAGUUUGGAAAUUUUUAGUGUGGUUGUGCCACUGUACCAUAGAAGAGUUUCAUCCAUUUUUUUUCAUUUUUUCUAGUUGUGAUUUGAAAGGAUGUUGCCACAGUUGGACAUUUAAGUUAUUCCUCUCUCAUCGGCUCAGUGUUUUAGAGAGUUGAACUAGUUUUAAUCACAGUUGGCUGGAUGGACUUCCGACUUUAAUAUCAGUUCCAUGCAUUUAAGUUUGAGCA